UGGAUACGCAACGCCCUCUUCGCAUAAUCAGCGAUUACAAACGCCGAGUAUGGAAAUUAUCCGAUGUGAAAACGGCAACGGGAUUUCUUUUCAUUCAGCCCAUUCGAAAAACUGAUGGACAUUUUGUGCAGCUGCAUGAGAGAAGUAUAUAGCUUCUGUUGAAAUAUCUGAGGAUUUUACCUGAGAAUUGAGAGUCGGAUAAAUGGACUUACAGACUGUCGAUACCAAUCCUGAUUACGAACAUCUAACAUUUUACAGUAUGACGUCAUAAGCAACGUUUCAAUAGUCUAAAUUCACAUAUUCAUAACUGAAGUAGACUGGUUGUCCUGAUAACUUUAUCAAAAUGCCAGUAUCAAUGGACAAUAACAGCUUACUUUUUGAAGCAGCAAAAUGGGGGAAGGAGGACAAAGUCCGAAACCUACUUUUGGAAGGCUGCUGUAACAAACGUACCGACGAACAAGAACGGACAGCACUACACUGGGCGUGCGAAUACGGAUAUAUUCGAAUAGUGUACAUUUUGGUGAGUGCGGAGUGGGACAUUAACAAGGCCGACGCCAAAAAGCAGACGCCAUUACACAUCGCGUGCAACCACAGACGAGAAGACGUCGCCUCCUGUCUGAUAUCGCUCGGAUGUGACGUCAACGUGUAUGACGUCACGGGAAACACGCCCCUCCACAGAGCAAUUCACAUGAAUAUGGAAACGAUCACGUGCUUGCUGUGUAAGACGGGCGCGAGAGUCAGUGUCGCCAACAAACUGUUGUGGACGCCGAUUCACGAGGCUGCCAGGACGGGCAACGAGCCCAUCAUGCGGAUGUUGAUCAAGCACGGGGCUGACGUGAACGCGUGUACACAGAACCGCAUGACCCCGUUCCUGACCUGCAUCUUCUACUACAAAAUCGCGCAGAGGAACACGUACCCGAACCUGGACAACAUGCUCAGACUGCUGAUCGAGUCUGGGUGUCGCCUCAGCCAGGACGACGGUCAAUGGUCGCCGUUAAGCGCAUGCGUGUCCAUCGACAACAGCUUCACCGCGUCCCUCCUCAUCUACAACGGCUGCCAUUUCGAGAGGCGAGGCAAGUACACCCGGAGUCUGCUUGUGGACGCUUUCGCUAAGUGCGAGGCUUUCGUCGCCAAACUAAUGGUGCUGUCGGGGUACCAACCGUCGCCGGACGAAGUUGAUCAGUGUUCAAGGAGAAUUCCCGCUUUUUCUAGAACGUUCAUUCGUCUGGCUCAGCCGAUGUUGGAGCUCGGUAGCAGCCGACACGAACUACUGAACUGGCUGCGUGUGCGCAGUAAGUCGCCCAGAUCGCUGAAAGAGAUUUGUCGAGUGUCCAUCAGAAAUGGAUUAAACCUCGCAGCAGACGACAGACCAAUUGUGGACAGGAUAUUUAUUUUACCAUAUCCAGAAUGUCUCAAGAAGUAUAUAGCUUUAUCAGACUUUACAAGCGGGGCGGUUUGAAAAAUAGUUCACUAUAUUAGUAUAACAAAAACAUUAAUUUUAGCAUGCCCUUUCAGAGAAAUACAACAUCGAGGACAAACGGAUCAAGACAUUAGUGUUUAAUAAAAAUGGAUGUUCAUAAAUACGCCAAUCAAAGACAUACAUUGUAACCAAAGUUGACCAAUGGGCUAAAGAUAAUUUUGUUUACCAUAGUUGAAAAAAUGAAGUAAAGGAAGAACGUUUUCCCUUUUUAUUUGGAAA